GAGGAGAGAAACGAAAAGAGCAGAGUGGAGCCGGCGGCGAAGCUAACUGCUAACUCGGAUGAAUCGUGCUGCCGGAGCAGAGAAAGAGGAGUUUUAACACCGUUUUUCUGGAAAUGGAGGAAGACAACAACGAGCAGAUGAGACCGCUCCUCACAUCUGGCAACGAUGAGGAGGCAGUUUUGGACCGCGGGAAGACCAGCUCCACCCUCCACACCAACUUUGAGAAGGAAGAACUGGAGAGUCACAGAGCGGUGUACGUCGGCGUUCACGUUCCUCUGGGCCGAGAGAGUCGGAGGCGUCACCGUCACAGAGGACACAGACAUCACCGGAAACGACGGGAUCGGUCAGACCGAGAGGACGGACGAGAGUCGCCCUCAAAUGACACGCCGUCUCAGAGAGUCCAGUUCAUCCUCGGGACGGAGGACGGCGAUGAAGAGCACAUCCCUCACGACCUGUUCACCGAACUGGACGAGAUCGCCUUCAGAGACGGAGACUUUCAGGAGUGGAAGGAGACAGCCAGGUGGCUGAAGUUUGAGGAGGACGUAGAAGACGGAGGUGAACGUUGGAGUAAACCGUACGUGGCCACGUUGUCUCUUCACAGUCUAUUUGAGCUGCGCUCCUGCAUCCUGAACGGCACCGUGCUGCUCGACAUGAGGGCCAACACUAUCGAAGAGAUCGCAGACAUGGUGAUUGACAGCAUGUUGGCGUCGGGUCAGCUGGAGGAGGGCGUUCGAGAGAAGGUGAAGGAAGCCAUGUUGAGACGUCACCACCAUCAGAACGAGAAGAAGCUGAGCAACCGAAUCCCGCUGGUUCGAUCCUUCGCUGAUAUUGGCAAGAAACACUCCGACCCCCAUUUACUGGAACGAAACGGGGACGGUAUGUCCUCCUCUGGUCUCUCCCUCCAUCAUCGCCUCUCUGUCCCUGCCACCCCUCUUCCGUCCCCUCGUGCGUCCUUCCCGUUUGAACGCCUCCACUCUGAGCCCUGCCCGCCCAGCCCCCUCCCCUUCCAGCUGGACGCUCCCCCGCCAGACUCCCCUGGAGCUCUGCGUCGGCGCUCUGCUCCGGGGGAACUGUCCGGAGGAGCGGGGGUCCCCCAGGUGAAGGUUUACCCCCCUGAAGAAGACGAGGAAGAGGACAAACAGGAUCAGCUGUUUCCUCUCAGUGACCCAGGCCUGCUGGCGUCCCCUCAGUCGGCUCCCGGAAACCUCGACAGCAAGAACAGCGAGAGUCGCAUCAACGGAGGAAACGGAGGCAGCCGGGAGAACAGCACGGUGGACUUCAGCAAGGUGGAUAUGAACUUCAUGAAGAAGAUUCCUCCCGGUGCAGAAGCCUCUAACGUCCUGGUUGGUGAAGUCGACUUCCUGGAGCGGCCAAUCAUCGCCUUCAUCCGGCUCUCCCCCGCCAUGCUGCUGACGGGCCUCACAGAGGUCCCGGUGCCCACCAGGUUUCUUUUCCUGCUGCUCGGUCCGUUCGGAAAAGGUCCGCAGUACCACGAGAUCGGACGCUCCAUCGCCACUCUGAUGACAGACGAGAUUUUUCAUGAUGUUGCCUACAAAGCUAAAGACAGGACCGAUCUGCUGUCAGGGAUCGACGAGUUCCUGGAUCAGGUCACCGUGCUUCCUCCAGGCGAGUGGGACCCCAGCAUCCGCAUCGAACCCCCAAAGAGCGUCCCGUCUCAGGAGAAGAGGAAGAUGCCGCCAGCCCCUAAUGGCUCCGCCCAUGGCUAUGACAUCAUCAAGGAGUCAGAGCAUGACGCAGGGCCGGAGCUGCAGAGGACGGGGAGGAUUUUUGGAGGUUUGGUGAAUGACGUUCGGAGGAAAGCUCCCUUCCUGUGGAGUGACAUCAGAGACGCCAUCAGCCUGCAGUGUUUGGCGUCCGUCCUCUUCCUCUACUGCGCCUGCAUGUCGCCCGUCAUCACGUUCGGAGGUCUGCUGGGAGAAGCCACCAAAGGAAACAUAAGUGCCAUAGAGUCUCUGUUCGGGGCGUCUCUGACCGGCGUGGCCUAUUCUGUGUUCGCCGGUCAGCCUCUCACCAUCCUGGGCAACGGUCCAGUCCUGGUCUUUGAGAAGAUCCUCUUCAAGUUCUGCAGUGACUACGGCCUGUCCUACCUGUCACUGCGGACCAGUAUCGGACUCUGGACCGCCUUCCUCUGCCUGCUGCUGGUCGCCACCGACGCCAGCUCUCUGGUCUGCUACAUCACCCGCUUCACCGAAGAGGCCUUCGCCGCCCUCAUCUGCAUCAUCUUCAUCUACGAGGCUCUGGAGAAGCUGGUCCACCUCGGGGAGGUCUACCCCAUCAACAUGCACAACCAGCUGGAAAACCUCACCUUCUACACGUGUCAGUGUUCUCCGCCUGCCAACGCCUCCGCUGAAGUCCUGAAGAUCUGGAAAAAGAAGAACUUGACUUUGGACAGCAUCCAGUGGGACGAGCUGACUGUGAAGGGCUGUCGCGAAUUACACGGAGAGUUCGUCGGCUCGGCCUGCGACCACGAAGGUCCCUACGUCCCCGACGUCCUCUUCUGGUCCGUCAUCCUCUUCUUCACCACCUUCUUCCUCUCCUCCUUCCUCAAACAGUUUAAGACCAAGAGAUACUUCCCCACCAAGGUUCGAUCGACCAUCAGUGACUUCGCCGUCUUUCUGACCAUCAUGAUCAUGGUGCUGGUGGAUUAUCUGGUCGGAGUUCCUUCGCCCAAACUCCACGUCCCCGACCGCUUCGAGCCCACGUCUAGCAGUCGAGGGUGGCUGAUCUCCCCGCUGGGACCGAACCCCUGGUGGACGCUGCUGGCCGCCGCCGUCCCCGCUCUUCUCUGCACCAUCCUCAUCUUCAUGGACCAGCAGAUCACCGCCGUCAUCGUCAACAGGAAGGAAAACAAACUGAAGAAAGGCUGCGGCUACCACCUGGACCUGCUGGUGGUGUCGGUGAUGCUGGGCGUCUGCUCCAUCAUGGGCCUGCCGUGGUUCGUGGCGGCGACCGUGCUCUCCAUCUCCCACGUCAACAGCCUGAAGCUGGAGUCGGAGUGCGCGGCGCCGGGCGAGCAGCCAAAGUUUCUGGGCAUCAGAGAGCAGAGAGUCACCGGCUUCAUGAUCUUUAUCCUGAUGGGCUGCUCCGUCUUCAUGACCUCCGCCCUCAAGUUCAUCCCGAUGCCGGUCCUGUACGGAGUCUUCCUCUACAUGGGAGUGUCCUCACUCAAAGGCAUUCAGCUUUUUGAUCGCAUCAAACUGUUCGGCAUGCCGGCCAAACACCAGCCGGACCUGAUCUACCUGCGCUACGUCCCCCUGUGGAAGGUCCACGUCUUCACCGUGGUGCAGCUGACCUGUCUCAUCGUCCUCUGGGCCAUCAAGGCCUCGGCCGCCGCCGUCGUCUUCCCCAUGAUGGUCCUGGCUCUGGUUUUCAUCCGGAAGCUUCUGGAUUUCUGUUUCACCAAAAGAGAGCUGAGCUGGCUGGACGACCUGAUACCAGAGAGCAAGAAGAAGAAGGAGGACGACAAGAAGAAGAAGGAGAAGGAGGAUGCUCGGCGGAUGCUGGAGGAGGUGGAGGACGAUCCGCCGUACGACCGAGGAAACGUCAUCGACUUCCCGAUCAAAAGCUUGAAAGGACGCUUGGACCCAUCAGAGGUGAACAUCUCAGAUGAAAUGGCCAAAAGUGGAAUUUGGAAAUCAGUUUCUAAGAACUCUGACAGCAGCAAAUCUCUGAAACGCAGCAACAGCCAGGAGAAGCUGUCGAGCGUCCUGAUAAAAGUGGAGAACACGGACGGUCAGAAAGUCGUGGACGCCGAGACGUCGUUAUGAUCCACCGCCGCUCCUCACCACCAGGCGGCGCUGUUGGAGGACGCGGUCACUGAUGGGAUACCGCAGUCCUCUGAACUAAGGUGAAAGGUCACGGGACAAACAAUCAGGCUUCACCUCGCCGCGCCGUACAUCCCGCGCUGCGUUUUCUAAGACGAAGGUGAACAUUUAAUUUUCUCAUCGUUUUAUGGUGAAAACACGGAGACUCCGCCGCCGGGAGCUCACACAGCCACUUUUGGAAACAUCCUCCUCAGGUUUCUUUGGUUGGUUUUGACUCAGGCGGUCCGCUGCUGCGCUGUGAUUGGCUGCUGAACCGACACACAUACAGACUGAUGAUCUGAAAAAAAACAGCUGAAGUUUAAUUUCAUGUUUUUAAAUUUUAUGUUUCUGCUUUGACGAAGCAGACGGAGCUCUUCACCUCCGACAGGUUUUUAUUUAAUCCAUCAUGCUGAUUUAAGUUGUUUAUGUGUGUGUGUUUCUUUGUGUGUGUGUGUGGCUGUGCGUGUGUGUGAGAGUGUGUGUGCGAUCACUGUUGUGCCUCACCUCGUUGCCUGCAGUGGCCGACUGAAUGAUGUCACAGCCGCUGUCGUCAGAGUUUCCUCUUAAAGUUAAAAUAAAAUCAGUUUGGUGACGA